UGCUCAGACACGUGUGUUUGUGUGUGUUUUCCGCUCCUCCAUCAUGGACUCCUCAGUUCACACUAGUCUGCAGGAGAGGAUAGGAGAUGUGGUUCUUCCAGGUGAUCUGCUGUUUUCCUUCAGUCCGCCUGAAGCCGGUGACGCGAACCCGAAAGCGGACAGGAUGAUCUGCGGCCCGGGGCUGAGGCGGAGCGGAGCGGAGAUCCGUGUGUGUAGAGCUGGAGUGCUGAAACACAAACAACCCAACAUGUAUUGGGUCAACUGUCAGCAGAGACGGUAUGUUCCAGCUAAGGGUGAGAGUGUGAUCGGCAUCGUGACCGCAAAGUCUGGAGACGUCUUCAAAGUGGAUGUUGGAGGAAGUGAGCAGGCGUCUCUGUCCUACCUGGCCUUUGAAGGAGCCACCAAGAGGAACAGACCCAACGUGCAGGUUGGAGAUCUGGUGUUCGGUCAGUUCACCAUCGCCAACAAGGACAUGGAGCCGGAGCUGGUGUGUAUCGACAGCUGCGGGAGAGCCAAUGGGAUGGGUGUGUUCGGAGGCGACGGGCUGCUCUUUAAAGUCUCGCUGGGACUCGUGCGCAGGCUGCUGGCUCCACACAGUGAUCUGGUUUCAGAUUUGGAGAAGAUGUUCCCCUGUGAGAUGGUGGUGGGAUUGAACGGCAGAGUGUGGGUGAAGGCCAGAACCGUCCAACACACACUGAUCCUGAGCAACCUGCUGGAGGCCUGCGAGAACAUGAGCGCCGCGCAGAGACAGACACUGCUCAGGAGAGUAGCGGACGGAGGAAUAUAACACACACACACUGUUCAGGAGGAAUAACACUCAAAUAACCAGAGCUGUGAUGAACAAUCAUUGUAAGAAUAGUUUCUCAGAGCUCCACAGGUUCUAAUAGUUCUAUACGUCUGCUUUUUUGUACAAGGAAGUUUUUGUAUGUAAAAUUAAACAGCUGAAUCAGCCAAA